GUGGCUCUCUGUAAAUCAUCCACUGGUUCAAAAAAAGUUCUGUUUCCUUUUGCCAGAUCAAAAAAAUUAUGUUUACAGCUGAAUCCACUCUAUUCCAAGAACAGUGAUGACAGGCCCACACAGUACAGAUGUAAUGGCCCAACGAUUAGUACGUGUGUAAAUCUGAACAAACGACAGAGAAACGACAUUUAAAAGUUAAGAAAAAGAUUUUUGAGGAAAAGACUGAUCCGUGGUGACGGCUAAAUUGAGAAAAGGAAUUUGUGCCUGUGCGGUUUUACCCUGUUACAAACCCUCAUUUAGCUGCUCUGUAGCCGAUUUAGACGCAAAAUGUCUCAAAUACAUCCAGAAUUGGAAAAUUCAUCCGUGCAAGCUGUUGUGGACAAACAGUUUUGCCAUGCGACGGCUACCACAUUGACGGUGUGGAACAAAUCUCUGCUAUUUUCAGGCGAGGGUUUUACCGUCUUUGAUUCUAAUGGAGAUCUUCUCUUCAGAGUCGAUACCUACGCCCUCGCUAAAAGUCGGUUUACUCUCAUGGACGCUGGGGGCAAGCCGCUUCUCACACUGCGCCGCAAGCUUCCCAGUCUUCACCAGAGAUGGGAAGGUUUUCUUGGAGAUGAGUUGGAUGGCCAAAAACCCCUCUUUACUGUAAGAAAAGCAUCGAUUUUACCGAUGAAUGAGUGCGUCCAAGUAUUCAUGACUUGCGGCUUCUUUUGGAAACCCUGCUCAGAUUACGAAAUUGAGGGCUCCUUUUCACAGCGCUGCUGCACCAUUUUCUCUACCGCCCCCCGUAUUGCUGCUGCAGAGGUGAAACGGAAGUGCGGCAGCGGGGGUACCCUGCUCGGUAGAGAUGUUUUCAGUCUUUGUAUUGAGCGCGGAUUCGAUCAGGCGUUCAUUAUGGGGUUGAUUAUUGUGCUGGAGCAGAUCUUCCCAGGUGACAGUGAGCUUCCUCUUGUGAAAAUGGUGGUGGAUGAGUUGAGAUCAUCACAAAAAAACAACGAGAUAACGGAUCUGUCCUCCUCUGGAUAGAUCACUUGAAUCUGUACAAUGAAUUUUUCACAUGUGGCCCUCGCUCUGUAUUUGUGCACAACCUAACAUUGCUCAAUUGGGAAAAUAUUUUUUGUCAAUAAUUUCUGAGCUUUAAUAUUCAUUUAUGUUGUACUGAUUU